AUGGACCGAUUGAAGAAGGGUGAGGUCAACCUAGGUACCUCGAUCAUGGCGGUGACAUUCAAAGACGGCGUGAUCCUCGGGGCGGACUCGCGCACAACAACGGGCGCCUACAUCGCGAACCGCGUGACCGACAAGCUGACCCAGGUACACGACACCAUCUGGUGCUGCCGCUCGGGCUCCGCCGCCGACACUCAAGCCGUCGCCGAUAUCGUCAAGUACCAGCUCGAGCUCUUCGCCAUGACCAACGGCAAGCCCCCGACCACCCAGACCGCCGCCGCCAUCUUCCAGGAGCUCUGUUACGCCAACAAGGACCGGUUGUCGGCCGGCCUGAUCAUCGCGGGCUGGGACGAGCGCCACGGCGGGCAGGUGUACAGCAUCCCGCUGGGCGGGUCGCUGCACAAGCAGCCGUACUCGAUCGGCGGGUCGGGCUCGACGUACAUCUACGGGUUCUGCGACGCCAACUGGCGCGAGGGCAUGGAGGAGGCCGACGCCGUCAGCUUCGUCAAGGACGCCCUCAAGGAGGCCAUCAAGUGGGACGGCAGUUCUGGUGGUGUCAUCCGCAUGGUUGUGUUGACUGCCAAGGGCGCUGAUAGGCACCUGUACUUGCCGGACACGGAUUACAGGGUGCGGCAUGAGUAA